AUGCCUGUCUCUUCCAACUACCCCACGAUCGAUAUUCCUAAUGUCGACCUGUGGUCGUUCUUGUUUGAGCGCAAGGAUAGGCCAUUCCCUGAUGAUAAGAUCCUCUACCAGGAUGCCGACACUAAGCGCCACUACACCUACCAGUCCCUGAAGGACGCCUCCCUUGAGUUCGGAAAGGGUCUGAAGGCCACUUAUGACUGGCGCAAGGGCGAUGUGCUGGCUCUCUUCACUCCCAACAGCAUCGAUACCCCGGUGCUCAUGUGGGGUACCCUCUGGGCGGGCGGCAUUAUCUCUCCGGCCAACCCGGCCUACACGGUUGAUGAGCUCGCCUUCCAGCUGAAGAACUCGGGCGCAAAGGCACUUGCAACACAAGCCUCGGUGCUGUCUGUUGCCACGGCAGCUGCGAAGAAGGUCGGCAUCCCGGAAGAUCAUAUCAUCCUGCUGGGUGACGAGCGGGACCCAGAUGCCCGGUACAAGCACUUCACCUCCGUUCGAAACAUCUCCCGCGCCACUCGGUAUCGUCGGCAGAAGAUUGCCCCUGAGACCGAUCUUGCUUUCCUGGUUUAUUCAUCUGGUACUACUGGUGUGCCCAAGGGUGUUAUGCUGUCGCAUAGGAAUAUUGUCGCCAAUGUUCUCCAGCAAGUAACUGGCGAGGGCGGAAACUUGAGCUGGAACGGAGGUCCUGAUGGGAAGGGUGAUCGUGUUCUGGCCUUCUUGCCUUUCUAUCACAUCUAUGGAUUGACCUGUUUGCUCACCCAAGCAUUAUACAAGGGCUACCACCUGAUCGUCAUGGCCAAGUUUGAUAUCGAAAAGUGGUGCGCACACGUACAAAACUACCGCGUGACUUUUAGUUACAUUGUGCCCCCAGUAGUGCUUCUACUAGGCAAGCACCCCGUCGUCGACAAGUACGACCUCUCGAGUUUGCGGAUGAUGAACUCUGGUGCUGCACCACUCACCCAGGAAUUGGUGGAGAACGUAUACGCUCGCAUCAAGGUUGGAAUCAAGCAAGGCUACGGUCUGAGUGAGACCAGCCCUACCACUCACUCCCAGCGCUGGGAGGAUUGGCGCGAGUACAUUGGUUCCGUAGGACGCUUGAUGCCCAACAUGGAAGCCAAGUACAUGACCAUGCCCGAGGAUGGCUCCGAGCCUCGCGAGGUUGCCACUGGCGAGGUCGGCGAGCUUUCGGUGCGUGGGCCGAAUGUGUUUUUGGGAUACCACCAGAAUCCCGCCGCUACUCGUGAGUGUCUGACCGAGGAUGGGUGGUUCCGCACGGGUGAUGUUGGCUACCAAGAUGCCAAGGGCAACUUCUACAUCACGGAUCGUGUCAAGGAGCUCAUCAAGUACAAAGGCUUCCAAGUGCCCCCCGCCGAGCUGGAGGGUCUUUUGGUAGACAAUGAGGCUAUCGACGAUGUCGCCGUGAUUGGCAUUGAGAGUGAAGCCCAUGGUUCCGAAGUACCUUUGGCCUGCGUUGUUCGAAGCUCGAAGAGCAAGUCCUCUGGCGCGAGUGAGGCGGAGGAGGCUGCCAAUAUUGUGAAAUGGCUGGAUAGCAAGGUUGCCCACCACAAGCGUCUGCGUGGUGGUGUGCGGUUCGUGGAUUCGAUCCCUAAGAACCCCAGUGGUAAGAUUCUGCGCCGUAUGCUGAAGCAGCAGUUCAAGGAUGUGGGCAAGGGUCCCAAGGCGAAGCUGUAG